GCUGAAAACGAAAGUAAAUUCAGAAUCUGUAAAACUCUGCUUUCAUAUUUUCCUGUGCUGCUGGCACUUUUUGUGUUUAAAAUGGAUCCAUCCCCAUGCAGUUACCGGGCUGCUGCUUCUUGGAGCCAGGCAGAGGCAGAGAUUGAAGAGCCACCCUAUAAACCCCCCCAUGGCGCCGCUAGAAAGUCGACAAUACUUUAUAAGCAGCCUGUGUUGAGGGCUGAGGAGCUGAAAGAGAGAAGCUAUUUGGGUCUUCCAAAUCAGCUGCUGCCCACUCUGGAGGAGCUAAGCACAGAGGAGUUGAGGAGAUUUCAGUUGUACCUGACUGGUGGCCAGCUGGCUGGCUUGCCUCCUGUCCCAGAGAGCCAACUGGAGAGGGCUGACAGGCGGAAGACAGUGGUAACCCCCCAGAAAUACAGCCCUGAGAAUGCUGUGAAGAUCACAGUGGGCAUCCUGAGAAGGAUGAACCGGAAAGAUCUCAUUGAAAAGUUAGAGAGAGAUCACAGAGGGAUCACCCAUGCUUCUGCCUCUACACUGCCUCACUCUGCUUCCUCUGCUGGGCAGUCCAGCAUCUUGACAAGUCCCAGUCAGGGAACAGAAGUGACUUUGGAGUGUGGAACCUAUCUGGUGAGAGGCUUGGAUCUCUUAGAGGUGGGGUCGGCGAGGAUGAGGAGGAGAAGGUACAGACCGAAGAUUCUGACUGGCAAUCUGAAGAAGAGAAAGCAAGAGGGACCCACAAUGCUGUCUGUCCCAAAUCUUCUACUGGAAACUCUAGAGAAGCUGAGCAGAGUCAAGCUGAAGAGAUUUCAGUGGCAUCUGACUGAGGAUGUUUUGGACAAACUUCCUCCCAUUCCAGAGAGCCAGCUGAAGAACUCUGACUGGCAGGACACAGUGGAUCAGAUCAUGCAGACCUAUGGCCCUGAGAAAGCUGUGGAGAUCACAGUGGUGGUCCUGAGGUUGCUAUACCGGAAUGAUCUUGCUGAAGUCUUAGAGAGAUCUCAUAGAGGAGCCUUUUCAUCCCAGGGUGCAUUGCAUGGUAAAGUUGCGAAUGACAGACUCAACUCUUUGAGGCACACCAAUCUGCAGGAUGAACAUGUGCCUGUCUGCUCAUACCGUGGCUCCAGAGAAAAAUCCCCAUCUUUAAAAAAAAGUGAGACGACAUGGAAUGUCUCACCGGGCAUUCUUACACCUGCCAGUUCUACCAUAUCUUGCUCUUGCUCUGAGAGUGACCUUGAGGAGGAACACGUUCAACUUGUUGGCAGUCCUUCUAGUGCCUCGGAUAGAGGGGCAUCGGAUACCAAAGCUGUUGACUCUCUCUCUAAGCCUGCGACUCCUUAUCAAUUUGAACCUAAAACCUGUGAGAACAAGGGAACAUACUGGUUUCAGUGCCCCCAUGCAGGUCUGUUCCAGUGCAGUAUAACAGGACUAGUAUUUGAGAUGGAGGGGGAGGGAGAGGUGCUCUAUUGGACAGUCCCUUGGAACAGGAGGCUUCUAGCCCAGAGAGGCAAGAGGCCUGCAGGGCCCCUGUUUAAGUUUACAUGUCCCCAAGGUUCUGUCGGUCAACUACACCUCCCACACUGUGAGCUCUAUGAUCAGGGUGGAUGUGAGUUCCUGUCUGUAGCCCAUGUGACUGAUGACAAAAAAGUGGAAUUUAUCGAUGACCUUGAGCUAACAAACACACAUGUCAUAAUAAAUGUCACUGGAUUCUCUAAGUAUGGCAUCGUCAGUGAAGAAGGCAGGCCCAUCUCCCCUAUCGAUACCCUUGUCUUGUUAUUCUACCAACUCCCAGAUGUUGACAAGAGGUCCAUCCUGAAGGUUUUGUUGCUUCCCAGUAAUGUUGUACUCAAGGAGGGAGUUUUUCCGAGCCACUGUACUUCUGCCUCUGAACUUCUUGCUCUUAGUUUUUUGGUACUGGAGGAAAGGAGAAGCAGCAAUGGGGAUAGAGAAAUCUACCUUGAAACAACUUCUCACUGCCAACUCACCCCGAAGCAAGAAUACACCUUCUCCACCGAUCUUAAGGAUAACCAUCGAAUAAAACCAACGAAAGCAUCAUUUGUUGAUUUCCAGUCCUAUGAAAACUACAUUCCAACAUUUCAGCUGUUCAUGCAAUCGAUUGUUAAGGAAGCAAAUAUUUUUCUGAAUGAAAAUGGCAGUGAUGAAUUUGUAUGGGAUGGACUUGUCUGGCUUCCAGCCUCACCAACAGAAUUCACCUCUACAGUUUUGGCCCCUCCACCUGCAACUCCUUCUAUCCCCCCUGGUCGAGCCUUCAUUACAAAACACAGAAUGGCGCUAGAGAUUCGUCUGGGAGUCUUGCGACCCAUACUCAUGCGUCUCCAGCAACCGGACCAGGGGGUUCUGAUUGACGAGGAGAAGGAGGAGGUGCUCAGCUUACCCACCAAGACCCUGCAGAACCAAGCUCUGCUGGACAUGGUGAUCAGAAAGGGGGCCCGCGCCCAGGAACACUUCUACCAAGCCCUGAGAGAAGCAGACCACUGCCUGGUUGAAGACCUGGAAGAGCCGACAUCCUGAGAGGUGGUGAUAGACACAAGAAGAUCAGAGUGUAUUUUAUGAGGAGCCAUCCUGACCGGAGGUGGUUGGUGUGUAAAGUGUUAACCCCGGUGGAGCACGUGAUGCCGCGGAGCUGAGCAGACGUUGACAAACCAAGCUCUUCAAAGUUAUUCUAUUUUUACCUAAAUAACAACGUUGAAACAAUAUUCUAACAUUGGCUGAUAAAUUGUCAAGUACUUACCUUCCCAAAGAGCCAUGGACCUCCGACCGAGAGGCAAGAAGGACGACCAAAACGUUGUUGAUUCCCAAGAUAACGAUAACGCUACAGCUAGCAAGAUUAGCAUUAGCCCUCAUAACUCAGACGACAGUUCCAGACUGUUGCUCUCAGCAGCCUCUUGCGAGCCUGCCGACAUGCUGGCUACUCUCCUCCGGGAAAUUCAGGAUGGUAACAGAGGUCUUUCUCUGAAAAUCGAUAAAAAAAUCGUCUGAACUCCAUUCCUCCAUCGACGACCUGAAAUCCUCCAUGAAUGAUCUCCUUUUGAGAACGACUGAGGCAGAGUUGCGCAUUAGCACAGUUGAAGAUACCAUCGCUCGACAUGACCAGGUCUUGACACAACUGCAAAAGGACAAUGCCUACCUCAAAAACAAAGUAGAUCAGAUGGAAAACCAGAGUAGACGUAGUAAUAUCCGUGUGGUGGGAUUGAAUGAGGACAGCGAGGGCCGUGACCCGGUCCGUUUCUUCACUCAAUGGAUCCCGGAGGUCCUAGGCAUAAUCAACUUCACCAAACCGCUGGAAAUCGAACACGCCCACAGAACAUCAGCGCCGAAACCCCGGCCAGAUGAGCCCCCACGAGCCGUCCUGAUCAGGUUCCUCCGUUUCCAAGACAGAGAGAAGAUACUGCAACUCGCAAGAGCCAAAGGGGACAUCACCAUCGAUGGAAAGAGGGUCAGCCUUUUCCCAGAUAUGAGCGCGGAUCUCGCCAGACGCCGCAAGCAGUUCAGACCUGCCGCCAAAGCACUGAAGGAGAAGAACAUCACCGGCUACCUCAUCCACCCUGCGCGGAUGAAAGUUCAGUACAAAGGCCGAAGCCAUCUCUUCAACACACCGGGAGAAGUGCACACUUUUCUCAAAGAACUGAGCAACGUCUGAGCCAGGACGGUCUCUCUGGGGGAUAAAACGCAGUUCGUUUGUUUUCUCUUAUCCGGAUUGAACUGCUGGUAUCUCCCGGUCACUUUAAUUGAUUUGUACAUUUUCAACUAACCGUAUCUUCCCGGGGUGAGUUCUAUUACAUUUACAGGAGAGUAUAUUUUGGUUUAGUCCAUAUCCACUGGGCGAAGCAAUAAGUGGGCUUAGGCCCACUGUUUUCCCCCUCAUUUAUGUUAAUCUUUCGUAAAGAGACUCAAGCAUCCCUUACCGUGGGCAGUAAAUAUUCAGCCAUAAAUAUCUAUUCACAACGUUUGUUUUCAAUUUAGAGAGCUUGCAGGUUUUCGUUUACGCCAAGGUUUAGCUAGUAAGAGCAAGAUGGAAAGCGAGCAGCAACGUAUCUCUACAAGUGUAUUCAUGUUUGAUUGUUGGGAUUGUUGUUCUAGUCUGACAAUCGGGGUGGGUGGGAUUUUUAUUAUUUUUUUCUUCCUUUUUUCUAUGUUUAUUGUGUCCUUCCUAAAGAGACACACAGGUCACUUUUGUGCUCAAACCAAAGUUGAAACAUUUCCUAAUUAUCUGCAUAUGAUAGAUUUCUAUUCAGUUACAUAUUUGAAACCCAACCUAUGCUUAACCCACUAAAAUAUGUCACAUUCAACGUAAAAGGUCUUAACAGCCCGAUUAAAAGGAAAAGAGUCUAUACAUACCUUAAGAAAUUAAAGGCUGACAUUGUGUUUUUACAAGAAACACAUCUUACAGCCAGUGAACACAAGAAAUUGAAGAGGGAAUGGGUAGGACAAGUUUUUGCAUCCUCUUUUAACUCCAAAGCAAGAGGAACUGCAAUUUUGAUAAGUAGACACAUCCCCUUCUGCGUCAACAACACCAUCUCUGAUCCCUCUGGCAGGUUUGUUUUGGUGCAGGGGCAUAUGUUUUCAGAGUCUUGGACCCUAUUGAAUAUUUAUGCUCCUAACUUCGAUGACCAUAUGUUUAUUCAGAAUGUCUUCCUUCAGGUUGCUCAAGCACCACCAGGAUGGCUACUGGUUGGAGGAGAUUUUAAUUUUUGCUUAGAUACAGUUCUUGAUAGGUCUUCUGAUAAACCCUCACUUCUUACCAAAGCCGGCAAGCUCACCAUGUCAUUCAUGAAAGAUCUCAAUUUACUAGACAUCUGGAGACAGUUGCACACACAGGAUAGGGACUACUCUUUUUAUUCACACCCACACAAGACACACACACGCAUAGAUAACCUUUUACUUUCGACACAACUGUUUCAUAGAGUGUUAGAUGUCGAGUAUCUCCCCAGAUUGCUUAGUGACCAUUCUCCUCUGGUAUUAUCAAUCUCCAUUCCUACCAAGGUAAAUGGAGCAUAUAGAUGGAGACUAAAUCCUACACUUCUAAAGCAACCUGAAUGUUGUGCAUUCAUCAAAGAGCAGAUCAAUAUUUUUACUUUGACAAACAAACCCUCUGCUCCUGACAGCUUCAUUCUUUGGGACACAUUGAAGGCCUAUCUGAGGGGACAGAUUAUUUCCUAUACUAAAGGGCUGAAGAAAAAACACGGUGCGGAACUGAUUGCCCUUGAAUCUGAA